AUGUGGCUGUACGGCAACGUUCUCACGCAAGGCUACUACUACGCGAACGUGUGGUUCGGCACGCCGCCGCGGCGGUUCGCGCUGAUCGUGGACACGGGCAGCACCGUGACGUACGUGCCGUGCGGCUCGUGCAAGCAGUGCGGCAGCCACCACCAGGACGCGCCGUUCGUGCCGCGCAAGUCGUCGACGUACGAGCCGGUGGGGUGCAACGCGGACAAGUGUCCCACGUGGGAGUGCGAGAGCGAGUCGGUGUGCUCGUACGAGCGGCACUACGCGGAGAACAGCAGCAGCAGCGGGCUGAUCGUGUCGGACAUGGUGUGGUUCGGCAACACGUCCAACAUCCCGCCCUCGCGCGUGCUCUUCGGCUGCGAGACCAGCGAGACGGGCGACAUCUACUCGCAGCAGGCGGACGGCAUUCUGGGCAUGGGCAGGGGGCCGCUGGGGCUCGUCACGCAGCUGGUGGAGAGCAAGGCGAUGCGCGAGGUGUUUUCGCUGUGCUACGGCGGCAUGGACGCCAACGGCGGCGCCAUGAUCAUGGGCUUCACGCGCCCACCGCCCGGCAUGAAGUUCACCUCGCUCACCCAGGGGCAGGGCACGUACUACAACGUGGAGCUGAGGAGCAUCGCGGUGGCGGGUACGCCACUGCCGCUGGACGAGGCGGUGUUCCGAUCGGGCUACGGCACCGUGCUCGAUAGCGGCACCACCUUCGCCUACCUCCCGCCCACCGCCUUCAACGCCUUCAAGAAAGCGAUGUCGGAGGGAGUGAACGGGCUGCGCCCCGUGCCCGGGCCUGACGAGGCGUACGAAGAUGUGUGCUUCAGUGGCGCCACCGAGGAUCUGGCGGAGCUGAGCAACUUCUUCCCGCCCGUGACGCUCAACCUGGGUGGCGAUGUGGCAUACGAGCUCAGCCCGGAAAACUUCCUCUUCCGCCACACCAAGGUGAAGGGCGCGUAUUGUCUGGCGCUCUUCGCCAAUGCGGAUGAGGGCACUCUCCUUGGAGGCAUCAUAACGCGCAACACGCUGGUGACGUACGACCGCGCGCGCAGCCGCGUGGGGCUGUGGAAGACGGACUGCUCGCACCUCUUCUCCCAGCUGCACGCGCUGCAGGGCUCCAACGCGCCUCCCCUCGCUGACGAGCUGGCGGAGCAGCCACCCCCGUUGCCCGACUCGGCACACGUGCCCCGCAACGCGUCGGACACCUCAGAGGACUCUCUCUUCGACGAGUGUGAGGACUGUGCGAGCAGCCUGCGUGUGGAGAUGCGCGUGCCGCUGCCCCUGAUCGACUUCGCCCCGCUCGUGCCCGACUUCGUGCAUGCCAUGGCACAGGCCCUCCACCUGGAGGAGGUGCAGGUGUCAGUGGAUAAGUUCGUGGAGGUGCGAGCAGCAACAGCGUCGUCGCCUGCAGUGACGGGUGUCAGCCUCUUGAUCCUGCCGCUGCCACCCGAUGAUGUCCUCCCUGCCGCCUCCGUUGAGCGAGUGGAGACAUUGCUGCGCGGCACCAUCAAGGUGAACGAUGUGUUCGGCCAUGUCACCGUCGCAGAUGUCUCCGUCAACCUGCCCCGCCCUCAAUCCAACCUGCUCUCCAUCAGCAGCCCGGGGUGGGUUGAUUCUCUUUUUCCGCUGCUAGGACUGGUGGUGGGGCUGGUGGUGGUGGUGGGCGUGGUGGUGGUGGUGUGGCGGCGCCGCCAGUCCACCACGCGGUACGGCACAGUGCGGCAGACGGUGGAGGGCGAUGAUGAGGAGCAAGGGCUGGCAGAGGCCCAUGACGCCGAGCAGGCCGAGGCGGAGGAGGAGGGAGGGGGGCGCGAGGGGGGAGAUGAGAGAAGCAUGAUGGGGUUGCAGGAGCAUAAAGGAGAAGAGGAUGAGGCACAUGAUGAGGGCACGGUGAUGCAUCGUGAUGUGGAUUGA